GGAUGAAGAGCAGAGCAGGGUUGAGGUGGAAGGAGAAGGGGAGAGGCGGUAUCGGAAGGGGGAGUGUGGUUCAGUAUCUAGUUUCCAAGCAAAGCUUGUAGAGUCAGAGAUCCCGUGCAUGGCACAAUGAUGGGCUGGCUGGCUCGUUUAACAGGAUGCUUUACUGCUGGAAGCGUCCGUGGAGAUGAACUCAAUAAUUUUCGCAAGACGAGCAUAUUGCGAGAACACACAAAGAAAAAGGGAGAUGCCUCCACCCCAAAGCGCUCACCACUUCGGCUUCGUAGUUUGUCUCUUUUGUGUGUGGCACCACGAGGACAAGCUUGCUCACCUCCCAGAGCCCGCCUGCGGCAAGGAGGGAGUCGCCGUCAUGGGACUAAUCUCUCUGUGCCUGUACGGGAAGGACCAUCACCAAGCGAUAGUGGUCGGAAUGGAGAUGAGGUAUUGGUGCAGUCUGUGGAUAGCAAGAGUUUGCCUCAACCUAGAGGUGAGGUGAUUGUGGCAGAAUCAGAGCAAGUCAAUGAGGAGGGGGAGGACAGGGGGAACGAAGAGGAGAAGGUUGCUGUAGAGAGCAGUGUGCAGGUAUCGUGUUCACAUGAGGAGGAGGAGGAUGAGUAUUGCAGUUUAUGGAUGACACACUCCAAUUCUUCCAGCAUCCCAAACCGAAAUGUUGAUGACUACUCUCCAAACGGCAAGGCUGAUUCUUUUGGAAGUCAAGAGUAUUCCAAUGAAGACCAGGCUGAGAAGACCAUAGUAUUGGCGUCACCAAGGCCAAACACAGUUCUUAACGAGGUGGACUCUCCUCUCACACGCAUUUCCGAGACACAAACAGAAUUGCUGUCCAGGGAAGAGCCCGUUGUUCCGUACAGUUGUUCGAGGGUUCCCCUCUUGUCUUCAGCAGAGAAGCAACAACCAAGUGGGUCACUUCAAAAGGUGUUGUCAUUUUGCGAAGGGCGCAGCGGGAAAUCACCUAGCAGCACUAGCCAGUGUAAAAAUGUGUUGUCUUCAGUGUCUGUGUCAGCAAACAGCUCUGAGAAAAGCACUGCGAGCUCAAGGAGAAAGACACGUAGGAGGAGUGGGGAAUGGGGAAGUUCUUCCAGUUUGUUCAGUAACGGAGAUGGUGAUGCUGCUCCCUCGAGUAGGAGCUCGCUAGAGAGAGCCUUGUCCUUUUGUGAAGGUUUCCAUCACAACGUGCUUAAGUCGUUCGAGAUUGCUCUUCCUACCCCACGAAGCAAGCCUAAACGAGAGGAAAAACGAGAGGAUAGUUCCGAAUGUGAGAAACUACUAGGAGUCCAGGGAAGUACCGAAUCCCCUGACAAUGGUCAUUAUCUCUGGAGCACCGCUGAAGUGUCCUUGGGUGGGAAGGCAGAGCUUCUGAUGUCAAAGAGAGACAGGGACAUUGUUGCGCAUGACAAGGUCCAGGAAGGCUGCAGCGCUGUGAGCAGUGCUGCACGAGAAACGACUCCAGUGCGCGGUCCGUGCCAGAGCAAUGAAGCUCGUUAUGAUAGGGACGCUGGCCGUAGGAGUAAGCAGUCAACAGACGUGUGCACCACAUCUUUUGGUGCCAGUGCUUGCUCCGAUCUUUCAUCGUUUGAUCCUCGGAGCAGGGGAGAAGUAUCUUCUGGAGGCAGCGGUGAUGCUGUCAUGGUGGAAACUGUUGGGAGAUCAGGGUGUCAGCCAAGUGUAUCAGGGAGCCAUGGGAGGCAACGGAGCAGUGAAAGGGCUACUUCUGGGUCCGAGAAUGACAACGGGAAUGUGGGUACAGCUGAGGGGUAUGUCAAGCUGAAAGGUGGUGGAAGGAAUGAGGGUUGGAAGCUCACUGAGAAGGUGCUGUGUGGCGAGGAGGAGGGCAACAAGCAAGGGCUACUGGAGUGCUCUGGGUCAGAUAUGUGGGGUGUGGAGAUGAACAGGGGUUGGGGGUCCAAUCCAGAGAAUGAAAGAAACUCAGCCCAAGGAGGAGGUGCAGGAUUUACAGGUGCAGGUGCACUCUCUGCGCAAGAUGCUAAUCGUUGCGAGGAAAGUGGAAGAGAGAGAGAUAGUGUAGGUGGGCAAAAAGUCAAGGGGAAUUCCAACGACUCAUUGGCUAUAGUGAGGAGCCCAUCUCUUGGGAAAGAGAACUUGAGGGCUGGAAUUGGUUUGGGAGCUGCACGGACUGUAAGCAUGGACUUGCAUACAAUCCCCACAGUGAAUUCCAUGGCAAGGGACUCAUUCAAGGGGGGACUGACGGCAGACUCUCCAGGCCCUCUGGUGAGAGCCCAGUUCACGUUUUUCCGCAGCUCACAAGGUGAACAGGAAGGUGUUUUCGCCACUGAAUCUCAAGGGCAUUUUAGGGAUGGACAACUUCCGUUUGUUCAGCAGCCAGAUCUGCAUUCCAGGUCCAGGCUUCUCGCCAACGUCCCUCGUUUUCAGAAGUUGGAUGAUCGCCCAAUCAUCGCUGGCUUGUCCAUUCAUCUUCCCAACACUGAGGCUGAGUGGGAUGGAAGGGGAAUUCCCAAUUCAACAAAAAAAUAUAGAGAGGAUCAAAAGGUGGUGUGCUUUUCCACCCCUUUUGAAGUCAGGCUGGAGCAGGAACUGGCGAGCCAGGAUUCACCGUGCUCUAGUGGGGGAGAGGGCGAAGGCAGUGCCCUCCGUGGCCGCUAUGACACCACACGGUUUCUUUCUGGCGGACAGGAACCGAAUGGAGACAGCCAGCUUGCGAGAGCAAAUGGCCCUGGAGGCAGAGGCCCAUCCCUUCGAGGACGGGGAAGGGGCAAGGGAGUUCUAAGAGGCCCGGAAAGGCCCGGCUUCAACAGGACUCCAAGGAAGGUGAUCGGGAGUACGAGGACAUCCAGCUAUGGCGUCAGAUAAGUACGCAAAGAAUCUGAUCUUGGUGCUCUUAUAUCCAUGUUGUCCAGAAAUAUAUCAGUCACAGCAGUAAAUUAAGGCAUGUACA